UCCCCCCUUUGUGUGCGCAUGUGCGAGAAUCAGCGCAUCCUUCUGCCUGCGGCUACAGCUGGAGUAGAGCGGUUCGGCUAGCGGUUGGAUGGCGCGGGGCGGAGCUGGGCGGGCAGCGGCCCUGGGCCUGGUGCUGCAGCUGCUCUUUGGUCUCAGAACUGGCCUAGAGGCCGCUCCGGCUCCAAUCCCGUCUCUGGCCCAUACCGUAGUCCAAGCCUCGGGCUCUAGAGCUGGCUCCUGCCCGACAGACACCUUCCAGUGUCUUAUCAGUGGCUAUUGUGUGCCCCUCUCCUGGCGCUGCGAUGGGGAUCGGGACUGCUCUGAUGGCAGUGACGAGGAAGAGUGUAGGAUUGAGCCAUGUGCUCAGAAUGGGCAGUGCCAACCACAGCCUGCCCUUCCUUGCUCCUGUGAUAACAUUAGUGGUUGCCCUGCUGGCUCUGACAAGAAGCUCAACUGCAGCCGUCCACCCUGUCAGGAGAGCGAGCUGCGUUGCUUACGGGAUGAUAUCUGUAUUCCGCACACAUGGCGCUGUGAUGGCCACCCAGACUGUCCUGACUCCAGUGAUGAGCUCAGCUGUGACACUGACACAGAAACUGACAAGCUACUCCAGGAGGAGAAUGCCACAAGUACAAGGAUUUCUACAACCGUGGAGAAUGAGACCUCUUUCAGGAAUGUUACACUUACCUCUGCUGGGGACUCAUCCCGAAACCCAAAUGCCUAUGGGGUUAUUGCAGCUGCUGGGGUGUUGAGUGCCAUCCUGGUUUCGGCCACCCUUCUCAUAUUGCUCCGCCUCCGAGGUCAGGGUUAUCUGCCCUCAUCAGGGCUCUUGGUGGCUGUGAAGGAGUCGCUGCUGCUGUCAGAAAGGAAAACCUCUCUGAUCUGAGGACACAUGGUUACCACCUGGCCCUGAGUGCAGUCAGACUGGGACAAAGCCGCAGAGGAACAUGCAGGUAGCUGCUGGCUUCUCAGCCUCGAGACCUGGGCUCUUUUGGCCACAGAGAACUUUGAUUUUUAAGCUUCUACAGAUGUGGUCCUAGAGACCGGGGGUCCUCAGACACUCUCUUUAUAUGUGGUGAGCUUGGCUGGAAAAUUGCCAUAGUCAGGACUGAGGGGCUGGCCCCAGGGUGCUCCCAAGAAAUGGGGCUACCAUGGUUUAGACACUCCUGCUGCUCACGUCGAUGGGUGGCUAUUAAAGUUUCUUCACCCCCC